UUUUUAUUUUUCUUCGAUUAGCGGGAAUUUCUAAACAUCGAUCAAUAGAUCGAUUGGAUUGCAGGCUCUAGGAUGGUCAAGUUCAUGAUAUUCUUGAAUUGGUUGACUUGUCAAUCCGUGAAUGAAGAGGAAAAUUCUUUUAUCCUUUCUCUUAUCACCAGAUGACCUUUCUUAACGCGGAAAGAAGCAGACAAGGGAGAAAACUUCUAAUAAACAUUCUGCUAUAAUGGACAAAUCUAAUUCAGUGUCAAGGAAUUUAAAUUUUACUCCUGUAGCAUCAGACGAGCAUCCCCACCCACCGGUAAAAAUAUCCCAUGGAAGAAAGCCCCUUAUACCUCCAAACAAGGGCAUAGACGGAAUAAUGGAGUGUCCUGUGUGUAGUAAAUCAAUCUUCCCACCUAUUCACCAGUGUCCUGGUGGGCAUACCCUGUGUUCGGAUUGCAGACCAGAAUUCAAUAACAAGUGCCCAAUCUGCAGAAAGGAAAUGGGAAACAUAAGAUGUCUGGCCCUCGAAAAGUUUGCUCUUUCAAUCCCCCUAACUUGCAGAUACCACUCCCGUGGCUGCAAUGUGAUACUCCCUUAUUACAGUAAGGUGAAGCAUGAGGCUCAAUGCAUCUGCAGGCCAUACACGUGCCCACACCCAAACUUGGAUUGUUCGGUCACUGGGGAUGUCCCAUCUCUGGUGGCGCAUCUGAGGGAGUGCCAUAAGGUAGAUCUUCAGAUGGGGUCCACUUUCAAUCAUCGUUAUGUGAAACAGGAUCCAUGUUCAGUUGACAACAUCUCUUGGACGCUCACUCUCUUCUAUUGCUUCAAUCAUUACUUCUGCCUCCACUUUGAAGCAUUUUGCUUGGGAACUGAGCCAGUCUACAUAGCUUUCCUUCGUUUCAUGGGUGAGGAAUCUGAAGCAAGAAAAUUUGGAUACUGUCUUGAGGUUGGUGGCGAUAGUCGGAAAUUGACAUGGCAAGGUGUGCCUAGGAGCAUCAGGACACAUUAUCACAGUGUACGUGACAGCUACGAUGGGCUGAUUAUACAAAGGAGCUUAGCCUUGUGUUUCUCUGGGGGUGAUAGAAGGGAGCUGAAGCUUAGAGUCACUGGCAGGAUUUGGAAGGAGGUCUUAUGAACUGAGAAAAUUAUAUAAAGAAAAAGGAUCUGGGAAAA